AUGUCUCAUUCUCUGUCCCCAACGUCGGAGGACGCCCAGCUGAACGCAUCCAGAGACGAUCAAAUUCCUUCGAGAAGCACUUGCUACAUUCCACGGCAAGACAAUACCAAGGACGCAGCAUCUCUCGCCAGCUCCUACGAACAUAUCAUUCCGCCCCACCUGAAGUCUCGGCCGUACGGUAAAUUGAAUCUGCUUCAAGGUCAUGUCAUUUUACGAUCCGUUACCCCUCUCCGACACCCGUUGGGGGAAGCUCCGACCAUUUAUCCUGGCCCAUUGGCUCUGUGCCGCAAGUUGAUUGUUUGCUCCGGCCCUGCAGUCGAAGAAUGCCCCCUGUCCCAACGAGGAUUUGCGCAGGCUUUUAGUCUUCACCGCGGUUUGAAUAAUACACAGGGGUUGGAAUCAUGCCCUUUGGCACAUCAUAUGCUACAGAUACGGGGGUUCAAUACUAGGUAUUUGCCAUAUCAUGCAGAAAUUACAUAUCGAAGACAGACAGCCGCAAACAUUGAGACUGGUCCGCUUGAGGUCAACGAAGCUCCGUUGGUUUUGUAUCACGAUUGGUACACCACCACCGGCACUACGAAUCAGGCGCCGGACGGCCUCAAGGUACGGACUGACAGUUACAACCAUUCCAGACUUGAGUCCUUUCUCGCAGCGCUUAAUCUUAAUGAGUCAUAG